GUCGACAGUAGGGACCAAGGUUUGCCAAUUACCUCACGUUGCGUAGAUCAAAGUCUAUUUAAUGUUUAUCUAGGCGUUUGUACUCGUUAUCUUAAGAAUUUAUCACGCAUUAUAAAAUAGACAAUAUCAUAGAGUCGGCGACUUUGUGAUAGUUGUUGAAGAUUCGAUAGUUUGAAGUUGCGAGAGUAUUUUAUAAUUAAAACAUGAAAAUCGAAAGCAAGUUUUACCAUCUUGGACAUGUAGUACUGAAAUGCUUUCGAACUCGUCCGGAUAGUAUUUGUCAGAUCGAUGCCGCCACAGGGGAGUCGGAAACGAACGCCUCCGUGCUGUCCCGGUCGAUUCAGCUGGCCAACAGCUUGAGAGCCCUAGGUUUGGUUCCAGGAGAUGUCAUGGCACUGGGCGGAAAGAAGCACUUGGAUCUCCACAUACCGUACUACGCUGCUUUGUUUAAUGGACUGCCCUUGGUUGGUGUGGACUGCUUAUUUAAUAAUGCCGAAAUCGAAUCUUUGUUCGCAUUGACGUUACCCAAAAUAGCAUUCUGUGAUCCUGAAGACUACGUUAACUAUGUGAGGGCUGCUCAGAACCUUGGAUUGGACACAAAGAUAGUCACUUUUGGUGACGGCCCUUGUAGCAUGAAAGCACUGAUAGAAGAAUACCCAUCAGAAACUAAGGAAGAAGACUUCCAGCUUCCUGAGUUUGAUUUGAAUAAAGUCUACAUCUGGCUCAUAUGCACCAGCGGCUCUACGGGGACUGUAAAAGUCGCUGCUUUCAAACACGCCACUUGGCUGAGGAAGGCUCUUCAUUAUGUGCAAUUAAUCAAACCCCAGGAGGAUGUAACCCAAACAGCUAUAAAUGUGGCCCCCAUUCAGUGGGUGUCGGGUAUCUUUAACCCCGUGGGCAUGCCAAUCUUACAUCAGACCAUGGUGCAGACCUCCGUCAACUUGACUGUGGAACACAUGAUUUAUAUCAUCAACAAAUACAGGCCCAUCCAAGUUAUGUCAGGGCCGGCUAUAAUACAUCAUGUCUUGAACCACGAGAAGCCGUGCGACUUGUCUUGUUUCGAAUCCAUCAUAUUGGGAGGGGCGAAGGCGCCAAAAAACCUAGUGGUAGAACUCAGAUCCAGACUUCGGAAAGGGGCCAUAGCAGUGGAAAUGCACGGCCAGACGGAAACUAUGGGCCCAGUUCUAUUCCCCAGGCCCGAUACGCCCGUCGACAGCUGUGGCUCUCCGACGUCCAUUUACCAAGUACAGAUUGUAGAUCCUGACUCUGAGACAAUUAUCACAGAAUCAAACGUUCCGGGGGAGCUUUGGGUCAAAGGAGAUAUAUUUGCGGAAUACUAUAACAGUCCAGAAGAAACGGCCAUGGCGUUUUCAAAGGACGGAUGGUUCAAAACCGGCGAUAUCUUCUAUAGAGACGAACGGGACAACUACUACUUCUGUUCGAGGAUCAAGAUGCUCAUCAAGUACCAGUGUUACCAUGUAAUGCCAGGAGAGUUGGAGGACGUGAUCCGCUUGCACCCAGCGGUAUUUGACGUGGCGGUGACGGGAGCACCGCAUCCAGUGGAUGGCGAGCACCCGGUCGCGUUCGUUGUGAGGAGACACGGGUGUACUGUCUCUGCGCAGGAGAUCAAGGCUCUGGUUGCUGGUAAACUUUCUGAAAAGAAGCAGCUUCGCGGAGGCGUAGUGUUCUUGCAAGAGUUACCGAUGACAUCUAAUGGAAAAAUAUCUCUCAAGAAGUUAAAGAGUAUUUUAGAAACCGUUGUUAGAGAAUAAAUGAUGGGAUAAGA